UUCAGCACCGGGAACAGCGGGUCAGCCUGCAGAGCUCUUCCGGAGGCGGAUAAUCCCCUUCUCUGCGCGAAGUCCUCGUACAGUGAGAAAGGGAUCGCUGUAGCUCCCCUCGAGAGGAACACGUUUUGGGAUCAAAUGCAAGUUACGACGGGGGAAGCGCAGCUUUGAGGACAGCUUGGACGUGUAGAGAAAUGUCUGCGCAUCUCUCCCUCUGGCUUUAUUGUGUAAACAACCAAAUCUGACACCGAUAAGCGGAUUCUCUAUAAUGUGACAGCUGCUGUCGCCGCUCAUCUAUUUCGGGAGAAACUACGGGCAGUAUCCCGCUUGCGUUUUUAUUAUUUCAGGACAAUGGUGGCUCAUAACCUGGCCUUAACCUUUAUUGCCGCGGCUCUUUGGGGGGUCAGCGGCGAACUAUUGCUCACUCCUUCAUCUGCGACGCACUUAAAUUCAACAUCAUCAUCAUCCGUCAUCAGUCAAGAUUCACUGACUAACAAUGCCACGGAUGCUGCCGUGGGAUCCCGGAUUUCAUCUCUAAUGACGUAUCUUCCGACCCUGAAAAACAUUGUUAUUUUCAUCUGCGUGUUAACAGCUGCUCUCAUCACGUGCCUGGUCAUCAAAGUGGUCAGAUCUGGCAGAAGAAUCAGGAAGACUCGGAAGUAUGAUAUUAUCACUACACCUGCAGAGCGCGUCGAGAUGGCGCCUCUCAAUGAAGAAAACGAUGAAGAGGAUGACUCAACCCUUUUCGAUGUCAAAUACAGGUGAAUACCGGCGUGGACGUCAGCGUGUUUGAGCUGAUGACUCCCACUUGGCCCGGGACAAGUACAAGUGAUUUCCUGUAUUUUUUGGGGUGUGUGUGUGCGCGCGCGCAUUUCCAAGUCUUACCAUAUCAGCAACUUAAUGCUGUCAGUGCAUGGCUUGUAUCUGUGGUUAAAUGGUGUUUUGACAUUACUGUUCGCUGCUUUCCUAAAGCUUCUAUCACGUGAGCCAAAUAAUCUCCCAGGUUAUUUCUAAUGUUAGAGAUAAGGAGGCUCCAAAAGUCUUUCAGCGAAUGUCUGCUUUGAAGCCAUGUCCGUAAUCCAGGGUUAAUCACACUUUAAAUAACUAAAUAAAUACAUGGUGGUCACUACAGAUCAUCGCCUAAUGCGUAAAGUAGUCAUUUACCAAGAGUACUUUCUUCAACUGUAAAAUUUAAUUGAUAUUUUUUUAACCAAAACCAAAUAUUACCUAUAUGUACUAACCACUUUGUUGUGCGUAUAUACUGUUAAAGGCUUUCCGGUCAGGAGUGAGCAUACGCUACAUAUAUAUAUAUAUUUUACCGUGUAUUCUUUCAGACAUUCCUGUUUCGCUGCUAUCACAGCUGACGUUGACCUUUAAGGUUAUCAGAUUUGACUCGAAGCGCAAAGACUUUGUGUCAUAUUUAUGGAGUAUAUACCAGUUUGCUAUGAAUGUGAAUCUGCUGUUAUCGAGUGCGCUGAAACACGCUUAAUCCUUAAAAAAGGAACCGCUGAGCAGGAUCGGCGCUGCCUGUGGAGACUGCGGUCAUGCCGCCACAGUGAUUAACAUGCGCCCAGUAUCUUACUUUCAAGGCCAAGUUAAAGUUUGACUUUUCAGGGUCAAAGUCCAGUUGCUCGCUUUAAAAAUAUCCCCAAAUUUGAUAUUCUUUAUACGAGCUAACAAAUUAAAGUCCCUCACUGUAAUAUUCACUAAUGGCUAACUGACUUCUUCUCAUAAAAGAAGAAAUUUUCCUGGGCUAUGAUUGUAUUAAAGGCCACUUUUGACAUUUGGGGAAGUGAUUGUUAUUUUUUAUAAAUACUAAACCACUAUAUUAAAAACUCAUAUUAAAAAAAAUUAAAUUACGAUUAUCUAUCUAAAGUUUUAUUCACAGUGAAUGAAAGGAAAAGCAGAGGAGAUCACAAGACCCUCACGUCUCCGUCUGCCCAAUAACGAUAAUUACAUUGUUUGAGGAGCGAGGCAGAACAGACACAGAUGAGCUUUUCUGCAGCACACGGUCGCGCGGUUGCCGUCUGUGACCUUCUCUUUUAAUCCAAACUGUUAUCUGAUAGUGCACUGUGGCCUGCAGGUGCAGCUGUUUCCAAAUGACCUCCAUCCUCGGUUUAAUAAGAAAAUAAAAAGACUGCCGUGACCAAACUUGCACAAUCAAUUUAUCGUUUUCUUUCUCUCCCCACGCCUGUCUGAAAUAAAGUGUUUUUGGAAUUUUGGGUAAAGCUGGAUGUGUUUAUUGUCUUGACAGAAUCAUUCAUUGAAUCAUAUGUGAAUCAAACUUGUAAACAUACUGAAUUUUUUGAAAUAUGAUGUUCUGUAAUAUUCCUCAAGCUGGCUGCUGUUAUUUACUGUUUUCCACUUUUUCUCUUCUGUCCCGUGUCUUUAACUGUUUGUGCAGAAAGCUGCAGAUCAAUGUGUUUGUGCCUGCUCAGACAAAGAUGCCAACCUUUGUCAAAGUUUUUUUUUUUUUUCUUGGCUGGAGUUGUGUGAAAUGAUGGAAAAACUUCACCGAAUCAUCUGCUGCACAUGGUCGCUCGUAAAGAGAAAUUAAAGCUGUAGCGGUGAAACUAAUUUCCAUGAUUCCGCAUUUUACCCAAAAACAAAAAAGAAAAAAAAUUACAAGUGGAACUGUUUUAAAAGUUUAUAGUAAACAAGCCCCUGCUUGGUUUCUGACACAGAUGUGCGUGUAGCCCUGUCUGUUUCCUCAGUUUCCAUUUAUUUGAAAAGCCACUGAAAUAAACCCGCUUCCUUUGAAGUGUCAAGGAAAAA